AUGGCUAACAAUCAUCAACCAUCUGUCUCCGAUCCGGAUGCCGACAUGGGCGACAGUCCUCCUUCAUCUCCUCGCUUUCUACCACCGCAGCCAGGCAUGAGCCAGGUGCCUCCGGCAUACGCGAGUCCGUAUCCACAUCCAUUUGCGCCUCAGGGUGACCAGGGACAAGGUCCACCAAUGCAUCCGCCGUUUACUCAUCUUCCAACGCACAUAGUUCGCCAAAACCCCUAUGGUCCACUACCGCAGUCGCUGCAACCACCAGACCGGAUGCUACCGCCGGAUCACAACCUUUGUGCUACACAAGGCCAGCCGGGUGGCACAUAUUUUCAGGGCUAUGGACAGACGCCGACUCCAUCCGCUUCCAGCUAUCACAAUACCCCGGCACCCCAUGCUGUAGAGGGCGACGACAUACCAUGGGCUCCUGGACAUGGUGAAGUCAGAAGAUUUGUAGCUCCGCUCACGGAUGAGCAGGCGAGUCAGCUUCCUCAAGCGGCAUCCCCAUACCCACCUGCGUCUGGCAAUCCAACCGGUGGGGGACCGCAAAAUAUGGGCGCGCGCCAACCCUAUCUCCCGGCAUUCACGCUCCACAACCACCCACCGCUUCAGGCUCUACCCACGUUGAUGCGAACGGCAAUACAAGCUGCGAACCUGGCUGCGACACAUCAACCGGCUGCAUCACGUCCUACAAUCUCAUCAACUGUAGAGGCUGCAUCAACUCCGGUAAUUGUGUCGGCUGCGAUGGCUGUAUCACCUGCAAUGGAUGUACUGACUGCUAUGGUUGCGUCCACUGCGUGA